AGUGUCAAAUUAGCACAACCAACCUUCGAGAAAACAAGUUUUGCGGUGAAAGAAGUAAUUUGUAAUUUACUAAAAUGAGUAGUAUAAAUAAAAUGAAAAUAAGUGUGUCCAAAGAGGAAUGUGCUGAAAUGUCUAUGGACGAGGAACCGCUGACGAAGUUAUUCGACGAUGCCAUGAAAAUAUUUGAAGCUAUAGAGAAAAGCAACGAGCCUACAAACAGUAACAGCACUCAGUUGAGUGUAAAGUCAGCAAUAUCAAAGUUUGAGAAGGCCACCAACCUCGUGUCUCUGGCAGGGAUGUUCAGCCGGAACGAGGGUGUGGAGGAGCUGCCCACAGAAACACUGCGCUACUUGCUGCUGCCUGCGCUGCUCGGCACUCUCACUCUGAAGCUGUGCAACCAACCACGAAUUGAUCUUGUCAAUGUGGCUGAGAUUUAUUACAAAGAUUUCCUCCAGAGAUGUAAGGACUAUGGAGUAACAGACCUGGAGGUGCCAUCCACCAGUGACUCACGCGAAGUGGAGAGGCCACACAGUGAACAAGCCAAGAUAGCCAGUUUGGUGCAAACCAGGGAGGCUAAGAUUAGAAGGUACAAGCAGGCGCAGGAGCUGAAAGAACAACUAGCCGUAUUGUCCAAAGCGAUGGAGUCCUCAGCAGACGACGAGACAAAGAGAGCAUACUUCCUGAAACUGCUGCAGAGCUACAUCAACCAAGCUUUUGAAGAACUCAGCAGUAUUGAGCAGGAGAAGACUAUAUUGGAGUACAUGGCUAAGAAUGCCGGAGAGCCAAAGCCAGCGGAGCGCCCCCGCGCACCAUUGAGGCCGGUGAUAAUAACUCGCGACGAGCUACAGAAGGCAGUGUUUGGCGCGGGCUACCCGGCCAUACCCUCGCUCACCGUCGAGGAGUUCUACGACCAACGAGUUAGGGAAGGCCUGUUCCCUGGAGCAUGCACAAGUAUACCGCACACAACUAUACAGAGCACUGAGAACGACCCCGACGAGGAGGAGAGGAUACAAAAGGAGCUCCUAGAGGAACAAGAUGACCCUGAAGAGAGGGCGAGGAAAAACAACAUGGACGAGUACAAGGACGAGCAUCGCCGCGGAUGGGGCAACCGACACAACAGGAGCUAGGCAGCCUGCCACACACUGCGCCGCACUGCACGCCGGGUGCCACACACCCACCCUGUGGGCUGCAGUGCCGGAGUAAGGGCGCGCGGAGCCCUUUCAAUGAUGCUGUUGAUGAACCCCGCUAUCAUAUAAGUUUCAAGCUAAAACAUCUUAUUCAUUCUCUUUAGUGGAGGUGAGAACCCUCCUUUGGCCCGGGCCCCUCAUUACGCGGACUCGUACCAAUAUGUCGGGGUUGGUCCGUCGCUGUCUCCAUACUGCUACUCUUGUUUUCAAUAAUUGAUGACUUUAUGUUUGACGUGAUGUUUGGUUUUUUAAUGAAUGGCUAUUGGCUACACGACAUGGCUAGAGGUCAGUGUACUGUUUUAUUUAAAAAUCAAAAAUAUUACUUGCACAUAGCAAGUUAGUAUUUAGUAGCAGAUUAUUUAAUUACUUUCUGCUGCAUGCCUGCUGAAAACGGAGGGCGGUUCAUGAAUAUAAGAUGGCUAAUUAUGUUUCACCAAGUAAAGUAUAUGAGUUAAAUAAUUAAAUAUAAGUCCUAUACUUUGCGGAAAAUCAGAUAUAGAUAGCACCGGGGCAAAAGCCUGGCUUUGCCCAUUUGACCCAAUGGGGACAAAUGAAGCAACAGUGACAGGACUCAAGUUAUUAUGGUUAUGCUGUGAUUUCGUUUGGAUAACAGACUGAUGGAGCUGAAGUUAGUGAGGAAUAAUGCAGGUGCAAAUGAUUUUGUGAUCAUUUGGUCUAUGAAUAAAGUAGAUUUUUGAAUAACAUCUAAUUAAUACGAAACCUUUAAUAAUUAUGAAUGUGUUUUUGCAGUGUAUAAUCUGAGUACGUAAAAGUAUUGGCUCAGUAUAUGAGUAUGCUCAAGCGAUAGCACUGCCAAUUACCUACAAAAAAAAAAUAAUGGCGUUAUAAUUUUAUUAAUAUAUUUUUUUAAAUAACAAUUAAAAAGGUAAGAUUGGCCGAAGUUAUUUUAACCCCUUGUCUGUCGAUAUAUGAGACACAAUAGAAAACACACUGUCUCACGUAGACCUGCGUCCGACAGGUCGCAUGUUAAUGUAUUACACAGUUGAUAUAUUUUUAUUUUUGUGCAAACAAUGAAAUACGUACAAUGUACUACAUGUCUGCGCCAGUCCACAUUGUAUCGUUACGUGGACGAGGGCUCGGUCAUUAUACUACAUUUUCUAUUGUCACAAUAUGUUAAAGUUAUUGAAUCCAUAUCAUGUAGCGUCUGUAUACCAAUAAACAAAUUAUUGUAUUUAC